AUGAAUUAUUGCUUGUACAAGCUUUUUGGCGUCAUGGUGAUCGUUGGCCAAUUACUACUUAUGCUAAUGAUCCAAUUAAGGAGGAUAGAUGGCUACAAGGAUGGGGGCAACUUACACCUGUAA